AUGGCGUCCCAGGCCCUCUACGGGCAUUGCCCCCCUCCCUUCCUUCAAGAGACUCUUUUCCCCUCGGCCGGUGGCUUUAUUGGAGGCCGUUACUGUCAACCAAUCCCAAUUGGCGGCAGCAAUUACUCGUGUUGUCUUCCCUGUCCUCUCUCCGACUGGAGAUAUGGUGACGAUGUGGUCCCAAAAGUCGAGAUCGCCAGCUGGAUCAGUGUCGCCAUCCUGCCGCUUUGUAUUUUCCUACUCAUUUCCUACGCCGUCCUCUCCGCCAAAUGGACGCACCGCCACUACCUAAGCAUUUGCUUUACCCUGGGCAUCUGCUGUAUGGAGAUUGCCUUUAUCAUUCCUCUCGGCGCCAAACCGGAUCAAUGCCAUAACGCCAUCACGCCCAAUGACAUGUACUCGGAUCUCUCAUGCGCCUUUUCUGGCUCAUUUCUCUUAUUCGGCGGCUGGCUGGUUAUUAUGUGGAGUUUUAUCCGCACGGUUGCUUUUCACCUCCAGGUCUGUUGGGAAGUGGUAUUGGGACCCAAAUUUAUGUGGGGAGCGUUCCUGUGCGGAUUUGGUAUUCCGGGGGCCAUGAUCACAGUUAUGCUCAUUUUGACCGGCGUGUCGUUCCGGUUCGGCGAAAUUUGCCAUAUCAAUGUGCAAAACGGCGUACAAGACUACUGGGCUCCCAUCAUGGCUUUUGCGGUCGCUUCCUUGGUUCUUCAAGUGACAACUAUGGCGUACUGCAUCCACAUCUACGUUCGCUCCCUCUUCGACAACUCCAAUAACAAUUCAAGCACCAACAACAGCUCUGGCCUACCCUCAUAUAAUGCUAGCGUGCGCACCGUGACAGCACGCCAGGCUUACAGACGUAUUCGCCGCGUUCUACAGCUGCAGUGGCGCGGCGUUGCGCUGGUCCUGAUUAUCAUCGGAAAUGUUUUCUUCUUUGCCAUUGUCUUCAUCAAGCUAGACAACGCCGUUGAGCCCAACGCCACCAACUUUGCCAUUGCCGAGCCCUGGCUUACAUGCCUUGCCUUGUCCGGCGGCGACAAAACAUUCUGCCAGAGUAUGGCUUCAGAAAUUGGCCCUAACGAGGCCACUUUGCUUGCAGUUGUGAUUCUUCUGUCCCUAGUGGGCAUCUGGAACUUCGUUCUGUACGCGCGCCCAUCCAUGUUCGCCGGCUGGAUGGACCUAUUCCGCCGCAAGUUUACCCGACGGAACGAAUUCAUCUCCACUGAUGCUCGGAAACGCUACGAAGACUCCAAGGGGUUCGAGAUGUUAACGGGCCCCGGCACAAAGACCCCUGAGACCUUCAUGCGAUCGCCUACCCCUCAAAUGGCCAGCCGCAGUCAAAUGGCCAGCCCUAGCCCAACCUUCGACAGGACUGUGCAAUUCGGCCGCGGCUCAGAGGCCCGAUACAUACGCCCGUCUCUGAGUUUCUCUGGUCCCCGCCCGCCUAGCUCGUCACAGGGUGGCCGGGAUUGGGAUCCGCAGACUACAUUUGCAGCAGCAGGGUAUACGCAUUGA